AAAUGUGCAUUCAUAAUAUAGAAUGAAUGGAAAUAUAUGCACCUCCUCAAAAGAUUUGAACUAGAGCCAACGAUCCAUCUCAUUCCAUACUCAUCUUGCUCCAUCAUCUAUAAUGAUGGCCUCUUCUUCCUCCUUUUCUAGCAGCUCCGCUUCCUCUUCCUUUUGCCUUGGAUCACUUGAGAAUAUUUGCAUGGAUACCAACCAGUCGCCGCAGGGGUGCACUGCCUAGAGAUCUGUGAAGAUUAAUUAGUUUUUCAUCUCUCUCAUCAUCUCCUCUCCUCUCCUUUGGACUGAAUCUUUUGAGGGGGAAAAAAACAGCAAAAAAAUUCCAGACCUGUCGUUCUUGGAAGCAGCAAACUACUUUAAUUACCCUAACUUUGUUCUACUUUUUCUCUUUCCACACUUUCGCUUUCCUUUGAUCGCAUGCAAUAUGGCAGAGUUGCGUUCAUGUUAUUAAAGAACAUGGGCAUGGGGCUGCAGGUGAAGCCCGCGGGAUAUAAGUUUGCAUCCGCCGUAACCGCCGCCACUGCAAACAGCGGCUGCACCAGGGCGCAGCCAGCGGCGAGGCCAAGCAAGGAGCAAGCCCUCAAGUGUCCCAGGUGCAACUCCACCAGCACCAAGUUCUGCUACUACAACAACUACAGCCUCAGCCAGCCCAGGUACUUCUGCAAGACCUGCAGGAGAUACUGGACCGAGGGUGGGUCCCUCAGGAAUGUCCCUGUGGGCGGUGGCUCGAGAAAAAACAAGAGAUCUGCCACCUCCUCCUCCUCUUCCAAAGGUCCAAAGUUGUUCCACGAGGGGCAGGGCCUCAAGCAGGGCCUCCCUGACAACGGCAGCACUGACUACUCCAGACAAGAAGCCACCUUCAGGGCUUAUACUCCUGGCCUCGGGCAUGAAUUCAUCAUGCCCAUGCCACUGCCCGACUACACUCUGAGCUUUCCUUUUGACUGUAGCAAUGCUGGGCUUGGAAAUUUGCUAGGUGUUCAGGAGAGUAGUUCUGCUGCAGGUAGUAGCAGUAAGCUUCUGUUUCCUCCUGAGGAGCUCAGAGUAGUAGAAGCGCCUUCAAAUUACAAUAAGAACGAGCAAUUUGCCAAGAAUAUUAAUAACAAGGAACGAGGUGGUGAUGAUCCACCUCCAGCUGGAUUCUGGAACACUCUCAUGUGAAGAGACUCCUGGUAGAGUAGCAGAUCAACAAAUCGAGUUUACACGCUCAGUACUGUUGUACUUAUCCAUUUUGGCUAUUGAUGGUGGUGGUAUAUAUAUAUAUGCAUGCACAGCCUAACAUAUGAGAGAUGAUACAUUUAAUGUGAGUAUUUGAAGCUUCAGUUUAAUAUCACAAGCAUAUACUUAAUAGAUCACUGAUUCAUAGAGUGUCGGGUGAAAGGCUAGCUAUGGCAUUCAUCAGGGGGAAAUUCACAUGUAGCUUGUUCAUCGAUAUCUGGAGAACAAUGAAAUUGAUGUCAUGUUGACCUAUG